AGAGGGAGUGCAAGGGGAGAGCACUCGAGCAGCAGAGGAUAUUUGACUUGUCUGACCUUAAUACCAUUCAACAACAACAAACUCCAAGUAAAAUGAUAACCAGCUUUAAACUAUCCUCCCUGGAGGAACUGCAGGAGAUGGCAGCGUCAAAAUCAACUUUUCUCCUGUCCAUAGCUGCAGCGGGUAUUGGAUAUGUGAUUAUUAGAAAAUUUGUUGCUGGAGGUAAAUCCACUAGCCUUGCAAGGCUUGAUGGAAAAACAGUUAUAAUCACAGGAGCCAAUACAGGCAUUGGUAAAGAAACAGCUCGUGAUCUGGCUUCAAGAGGAGCUAAUGUCAUAAUUGCAUGCCGAAACAAGACAAAAGGCAAGCAAGCAGCUGAUGAUAUCAAGCAAUCAACUGGCAGGCCAGUGACAUUACGACAGCUGGAUCUGUCAUCUCUGACAUCUGUUAGAAAGUUUGCAGCAGAAGUGAACCAGGAACUUGAGCACCUUGACAUCUUGAUUAAUAAUGCUGCUGUGGGUCCUUGUCCUUUCUCAAAGAGUGAAGAUGGUUAUGAGUUGCAGUUUGCCACAAAUCAGCUGGGUCAUUUUCUCUUGACUUUACUUCUGCUAGAUCUUCUCCACAAGUCAGCACCAAGCCGUAUCAUUGUUGUGUCUGGAAAGGCAUAUGAAUAUGGUGAUCUUGAUCUGGAUAAUCUGAAUGGAAAGAAAUCAUAUCACCAAAUCACUGCUUACAUUCAAAGCAAGAUUGCCAACAUAAUGUUUGCUCUGGAACUUAGUGCUCUUCUUAAAGAGAAAGGUGUGACUGUAAACGCUUUACAUCCUGGUGUCAUUCACUCAGAACUGGGGCGGCAUUUGGAUGGUGGGAUGCCAUGGCCAUUUAGCUGUCUGUUUAUUCGUCUGCUUGGUCUGAUGAGCUGGCUGUUUUUUAAAACACCAAAGCAGGGAGCACAGACAACGGUACACUGUGCUGUUGCAGAAGAACUGGAGGAUGUGACUGGCCAGUAUUUUAGUGACUGUAAGCCCAAGCAACUAAUGCCUCAUGUAUUGGAUGUCAACAAGAGGAAGGAGCUUUGGAAGAAAUGUGCAGAGAUGGUGAAACUUACAGAUGCAGAGCUGCCAAAAUGUCUGCAGUAAAUGUUUAAGUAUCUGCUUUCUUUUUUCAUAAUUAGCAUUAAUUUGAACUGUUGUCUGCCUUUACAUUGUGCAAUAUUCCAGUGUAAUCAUAUUAGCUAACAAAGGCAUGUAUUCAAAUUAAUUUUUUUUUUCAUUUAUGUUAUACAUCUAAUGGCUCCUUUUCUAAGUGUUGUUAAAAGUAGGUUAAGAUACUAAACAGGAUAUUCUGUAUCUUUAUUUUUCUCUAUACACAUGUAUAAUGGUAUUGUCAGGCCCACUUGCUUAUUUGCUGCAACAGAAAGGGAAAGACUGAUAAAAAGCUUUUAUGUAAGAGGUUAAUAUUUUGAUUUUGUGUAGAUGUAAUUUCAAUAUACAGCAUAUGUUUGCUAGAAUUUACCAUUUGUUUUGGACAUGUUUGUGCUGGCACAAAAUGCAAGAAGGUGAAAACUGUUUUUUAAGUUGUACAUAUCUUUUGAAUAAACUGUUUUCUUUGAAAACUCAUUUUGGAAUAAUAUUUAGAUCCUCUCCUAUCAAGAAAAAAAAAAAGAAGAAAGAAAAUCAAAACAUAUCUGGAAAAUGUCAAAGGUUGAUUGCUAAGAAAUCUAGUUACCUGUGAUCCUUACAUCUCCAGCAUUCUCUUUUAUAUCAUGUAUAUGUACAUAUUAUUGCUAGUAUGAGCACGAUCUUGAAUUGCCCCUGGGGAUCAAAAGUUGUAUCGUAUACGGAUGAAUGACUGUAAAGAGCACAGUCACAAGGGAAAAAACUGUAAUGUGUCAUGAGAUACCAACAGACUGGUAUGGCCUGGAAUAAGCAUGUCUUACAUUACACAAAUUGAUCUCAGAUACAGUCUUGUGCAAACACAGAUGACUGUUUAACAUAUUUAUUCAGCUAGUGUUCAGUACAUCAGCACAUAACAGCAUGUAGAAUGUAAAAUAUUUUCAUGACAUGAAAUAAAAAAAAGAGACAACCAA